AUGCUUUGCCCUAGGAGUCCCAGCGAUGGGACGGCCCGCAUUGAUAUUCUUGGAAGCCCGCCGGCUCGGGCGUAUCACAGCCCAUUCCACAUCUCAAAUAUGUCUCAGUUCGGCAGGUGGGCCAAUGCAGGACACGUGCAAAAUAGUAUGUAUUACAUGGCAAAAAGCGCCCGAGGCCGCCCCAGCCGCUGGACCGGCCCCGGCGGGGAGACUUCUAAGCCAUCCAACCAUGCCGGGUAUUUCGUACAUACCUACGUAAAUAUGACCCAGAUCGCGAAAGCAGGCAAAGGCACAGCAUCCGAUGGUGUCACACGGCGACUGCGGCCUCCCAUCCCUGGUCCUACCCUUCGGGCGGCAAUAACGAGACUUGCGCUGUACCCGGAAAAGGGAAAGGGCGGCCACUCCACGCGCGUUGCCGGGCUCAUCAAGCAUGUGCCGAGGCUGCCCAGCGUAUGUGGUGCGUAUGUGCACUCUCACUUCAAGCACAUACGUACCUUUGCCAGCGCUCUUGCAAACCACCGGCCGCAGUGGACCUUCGAGGGCGCAUGUCAGAUCAGGUAUGCCUCCGGCCCCGUCAGCCUAUCGUCCUCCCCGAGUGGGAAAGAACGGAGCCAUCCCGAUUAA